CGCUUAAGCCUUGACUCUCACGAUCUCAAGGCCUGUGUCCAGCUCUGCCAUGAGUUUCCUACGACUGCAGUCGUGUUGGACCUGGCACUCUGCCUCCAUCUUUACCCGCUCCUUUUGUCGUUCAGCCGUCUCUCGCAGCCCUCUUACUCCCACAAACCCUCUUCGAGCUGUCGCAGCUCCAGCAGUUGGAUCUUACGCACCGAAAGAUGGAGAACAUGUUUUGAGCUCACCAUCAGAAUUGGCGCGAAAAAUAUCUGCUAAAGUCCUUCCCAAGCUACCUCGUCCGGAUGUGCAAAAAGUUGUCGUUGUCGGCAGCGGCGGUCUCUCUAUCGGUCAGGCCGGUGAAUUUGAUUAUUCGGGUUCUCAAGCUCUGAAGGCUUUGAGUGAAGAGGGUGUUCAGGCUGUUCUAAUUAACCCCAAUAUCGCUACUUGGCAGACGUCGCAUCAACUUGCAUCGGAGGUUUACUUCCUGCCUAUCACCGCAGACUAUGUUGCCUACGUGUUGGAGAAGGAGAGACCAGACGGAAUUCUUCUUACAUUCGGUGGUCAAAGCGCGUUAAAUGUUGGUAUUGCACUUGACAAAAUGGGUGUGCUGGAACGGCUAGGUAUUCAAGUUCUAGGAACACCGAUAAGGACUCUGGAAAUCUCAGAAGACCGUGAUCUUUUCGUACAGGCUCUUAAAGAAAUCGACAUUCCGGUCGCUCAGUCUACUGCUGUCUCCUCCGUCAAUGGAGCUCUUGCUGCCGCUGAAGAGAUAGGAUAUCCCGUCAUUCUUCGUUCGGCUUUCACUCUUGGUGGCCUUGGCUCAGGUUUUGCAAACAACCCAGAUGAACUCCGCGAUCUAUCCGCAAAGAGUCUGAGUCUGAGUCCCCAGGUCUUGAUCGAGCGCAGCAUGAAAGGCUGGAAGGAACUUGAGUAUGAGGUUGUUCGUGACGGAGCUGAUAACACGAUCAUCUGCUGCAACAUGGAAAACUUUGACCCUUUGGGUACUCACACUGGAGAUUCCAUUGUCGUCGCUCCAUCACAAACACUACCAGAUGACGAAUACCAUAUGCUUCGAAGUGCGGCCCUCAAAACCAUUAGACACCUUGGUGUUGUGGGUGAAUGUAACAUCCAAUAUGCUUUGAAUCCGACCUCCCGGGAAUAUUGUGUCAUCGAAGUCAACGCACGGCUGAGUCGCUCCAGUGCCCUCGCCUCAAAAGCUACUGGCUACCCUUUGGCCUAUACGGCCGCAAAAAUUGCUCUCGGUCAUACACUUCCUGAACUGCCCAACGCGGUCACCAAAACCACGACGGCAUGCUUCGAGCCUUCCUUGGAUUACAUCGUCACAAAAAUCCCCAAGUGGGACUUGGCAAAGUUCUCUUCGCAAGUUAAUCGUGAGGUUGGAUCCUCGAUGAAAUCUGUCGGAGAGGUAAUGGCUAUCGGGAGGACAUUUGAGGAGAGUCUUCAGAAGGCCAUUAGGCAGGUCGAUCCUCGUUGGAAAGGCUUCGAGGUCUACAUUGAACCGGAAGAUCUGGACAAUGCUUUAACACGCCCCACGGACAUGCGUCUCUUUGCUAUCGCGUACGCAAUGUACAAUAAAGGUUACACCGUUGAUCGGUUACACGACCUUACGAAGAUUGACAAGUGGUUCCUGUACAAGAUCGACAAUAUUGUUCAGACCCGCCACGCGCUGAAAAGUGCCGGAUCAAUCGACAAUCUCGCACCUGAACUGAUGGCUCGUGCUAAACGUAUGGGCUUUGCCGAUGCUCAAAUAGCUGACAUUGUUUCAUCCACGGAGGACACUGUUCGCGCAACUCGAAAGUCGAUGGGAAUAACUCCGUUCGUCAAACGUAUCGACACACUUGCCGCUGAGUAUCCUGCUCAUACCAAUUACCUGUACACCACCUACAAUGCUUCUGAGCAUGACGUUGAAUUCAACGAGCACGGAACUAUGGUCCUUGGUAGUGGAGUUUACCGAAUAGGAAGCAGCGUCGAGUUCGACUGGUGUGCCGUCACUUGUGCUAGGAAACUGCGUGACAUGGGCAAGCGGACCAUUAUGAUCAACUACAACCCUGAGACUGUCUCAACAGAUUUCGAUGAAGCCGACAGACUCUACUUCGAGGAACUUGGUUUCGAACGUGUGAUGGAUAUUUAUGAACUGGAGCAAGCUCAGGGUACAAUUGUUAGCGUCGGUGGCCAGCUCCCUCAGAAUAUCGCAUUACGAUUGAAACAUUCCGGUGUCAAUGUGCUUGGUACCGACCCCCAGCAAAUCGAUAACGCUGAGGAUCGUCACAAGUUCUCAUCCGUACUCGACAAUAUUGGCGUGGACCAGCCUGAAUGGGCUGAAGUAUCAACCGUUGAUGACGCGAAAUCAUUUGCUGACAGAGUUGGCUAUCCUGUCCUCAUCCGUCCAUCUUACGUUCUCUCAGGAGCUGCGAUGAGCGUCGUUUACCAAGAAUCGGAUCUAGAGUACAAGCUCUCCGCAGCAGCUUCCGUAUCCCCGCUUCAUCCAGUGGUCAUCACUAAAUUCAUCGAUGGUGCUCAGGAAAUUGACGUUGACGCUGUUGCUUACCAAGGCAAACUGCUUGUCCAUGCCGUGUCUGAGCACGUUGAGAAUGCUGGUGUUCACUCAGGAGACGCUACUCUGGUGCUACCGCCAUUCUCUCUGGACGCGAGCGACAUGUCUCGUCUAAAAGCUAUUGCGGAGAAAGUCGCCAAAGCCUUCGAAAUAUCGGGUCCCUUCAACAUGCAAAUCAUCAAGCAACCUUCGAAUGAUGGAAUCGCACCCCUCAAAGUCAUCGAAUGUAAUCUCCGGGCUUCUCGAUCCUUCCCCUUCGUCUCGAAAGUCCUUGGACAUAACUUCAUCGACACAGCGACUACGGCCAUAGUUGGUCAGGACGUUCCUGAACCUGUAGACCUCAUGGCUCAAGAAAGGGACUAUGUUUCAAUCAAGGUUGCCCAGUUCUCCUGGACACGACUCGGAGGGGCUGAUCCCUUCCUCGGCGUCGAGAUGGCAAGCACCGGUGAAGUAGCCAGCUUCGGGAAGGAUAUUCACGAAGCCUAUUGGGCGUCCCUACUAAGCACCACAGGCUUCAAAGUCCCGAGCGCCGGAUCCGGUGUCCUUCUGGGUGGCGAUUUGGCCAAGCCCGAGAUGGUAACUGUCGCUAAACAAUUACUCGGGCUCGGCUUCAAACUUUAUUGCUCGUCUCCAACCGUCGAGGAAUUCUUGAACAGUAUACCCUAUGUUUCCGCAAAGCGAAUUUUCUUCCCUACUAAAGACAAACGAAAGCUCCGGGAAGUAUUCGAUGAAUACAACAUCCAGUGUGUCAUCAACCUGGCCAGCUCUCGGGCCACCAGUUUCAUAGAUGAGGAUUACGUUGCUCGAAGGAACGCCGUCGAUUUUGGACUACCUCUACUGAAUAACCCUCGAAAUGCUCAGCUCUUCGUCGAGAGUUUGGCAAAGAAAAUACCACAAGGUGGCCUCAAGGGCUAUACCGAAGGACGUAUACCCAGCGAAGUGCGCUCAUGGCGGGAGUUUAUUGGAAGGAGGGCGUAACGCGCCAGAAUAGGAUAGGUAUAUAAUGAUAAAUCUGAAUUGCAG